AUAGCCUCCAGAGACGUGUGGGUCUUUAUGGGUCUUCCUGCCAUGCAACAAAACCAGCACUGUAUUUAUCCCCAGGUCUUCUGGACAAGCAGCAGUGCAGUUUCUAGCACUGAUUAUGCCCCAUCGGGAUUGUCCCUCAAUGGGAUUGUGCCCCAUCAAGACAUUUGCCCCCCACCCCUUGUGCCAAAGAAGAAAAGGCAUAAGCAGAACACCAGAGAUGGGACAUAUCUCUGUUUCCUGAUGGUGGCUUUAAUGACCCUUCUGGCCCUCAGUGGAGUUGGGUUGGCAAUGUUUCAGAUCUCCCAUCUGCAGCAGGAACUAGAAGCACUGAAAGAGCUUUCCAGUUCUGGACAGAUGACACAGUCUCCUGAAAAGCUCAAAGAGGUUCUGAAUGGAACAGCAAAAAUGAAAUUCAAGAACAGAGCACACUUAACAGGCAAAGCCAACCAGAAGUCUCUUCCACUGGAGUGGGAAAGUACCUAUGGACAUGCCUUUACCUCUGGAGUUCACUAUGAAAACAGAGGCCUAGUGAUUGAUGAAGCUGGUGUCUAUUUUGUGUACUCCAAAGUGUUCUUCCGGGGUCAGGCCUGCACCACCAAGCCUCUUGACCAUGUUGUGUUUAAAAGAAAUCCAGCUUAUCCUGACAUACAGGUGUUGAUGGAAGACAGAAAGAUGAACUACUGCAUACCAAUGCGCAUGUGGGGCAAAAGUAGCUAUCUAGGUGCCUUGUUCAACCUUUCCAGGCAGGACAGCUUGUAUGUGAGUGUCUCUGAAGUCAUGCUGGUCAGUUCUGAGGAGUCCAAAACCUUCUUUGGCUUAUACAUGCUUUAGAAAAAGCAGGACAACAAGCAUUCAUCAGACUAUGUGGGCAAUGUGAAGAAUCUGAGUAUUAUGAUGACCUUGAAAUAUUAUGGACCACAAAUGCUGCAUCUGUGGCAGGCAGCCAUUUUGAUACUGAGAUAGUUACACCAGGCCCCAA